AUGACUGCCAACGGUACUAAAGCUCGUGUGCGCGACGCCGCGAUGGAAAAGCGCAGACAAAAGAAAUGGGCUCCCCGAACACGCACUGGCUGCUUAUCCUGCAGGCAACGCCACGUCAAAUGCGACGAAAGGAAGCCGUCUUGCGUCAACUGCACUGCCCAGGGCGUAGCAUGUGCUUACGGGACAGCGCCCAUGGUGUGGCAGGCGAGGCAGCUGAACCCAGCUUUGCCACAGCUGGGAGAAAGCCACACAUGCGUUGCUACGCAUGUCGCUAUGCUUAUUUUUACCAUGAAUGUAUCCAAAGCAUGCAUAGAAUACGAGAAAAUUGCUGCAUAUAUCUAUAUUAGUUUUCUAAUAAGCUCAUGGCGCACAUUCUUCUGCUUGGUGGAAGCCUAG